UUGUCAAUGAACCUCAGUAUGUAACCAAGAACUAUUUCACCAACCAAAUAUUCGUAAGUCCUAGCAAGUCAGGACUUCUCUUAGCCAGGAACUGUAAAGAAAGCACAUCCACUCAAUAAUCAAUCCCCCUACAUUCAUUCACCUGUCCAAAAUAAAAUGAACUUUAGUAUUGUGUCAGAAGACGCUGAAAAUUAUAGAAUCAAGUGUUAUGAACUAGAACGAGAGGUGGCCAAAUAUAAAGCUGAUAAUGAUCUUUAACGUCUUGUUUAGCAAAAGAGUGGUGACUUAGAAUACAAAGUAGUAGAAGUCUUAGAGUCCAAUAAUGCUCUUUAAGGUCAAUUGGAGAGGGCUUAGAAGGUGGCCUUGUAAAGAAAAAGUGAAUCUGAAAUGUGGAAAUAAAAAUACGAAGCUCAAAUGGGAUCUCUAAUGUAGAUCAGAUAGAAUUAUGAAACUGAGAUCAAAGCUCUUACUUUGGAAGUGCAAAAGGCCAACGCUAGAAGCAGUGCGUUGGAUCAAGAAAAAAAUAGAAUAAUAUCAGAUUAGAGAAAUGUGGCUGAUAACCAAACAACUUAAAUCUAGGAGACAUUUAAACGAUCAAAUAAUACCCAGGCCGAUAUGUAUGAGGCACAACUCAAGAAACUUAGAGAUAUGUUAGAAGAUAGAACAUUACAAGUGGCUUAAUUGUAAUCCUAGAAUGAACGUUAAAAAAUAGAGUUCUAAGAUACUUAAUUAAGAUUAAUGAAUGAAAUAGAUAUCACAAAGUCUAGAUUAAGUGCCAUUUAAAUUGAUCAUCAAAAUGAAUUAUUGGCACAAAAAUAAAAAUUGGAAUUGUAUCAGGAAACCAAUUUGAGAAAUCAAUAAACAGCUCAUGAAAAUCAACAAGAUGUUCAAGUGUCAGAGAUUGUCAAAAUCAAAAACUUGUUAGAAAUCAAAGCAUAAGAAAUUGAAACAUUAAUCAAUCAAAAUCAAAAGUAAAAGAUACAAUCUGAAUUAGAAAUAUCUGGAUUGAGACAUGAAAUUGAAAUUCUAAGAAGACAGAUCUUGAGUAAUGAACAAUUACAUCAAUAAGAAAAUCAUAAUAUCUAAACCAAUCUAGAUAAUAUGCAUAAUAAUGAUACUACCAAUCUUAAGUUAACACAUGAAAACUAAUUGUAAGCUUUACAUAAGGAAAUCUUGAAACUCAAGGAAAUUAUUGAUCAUAAAAAUUAGGAUAUCCAAAAAUUAGUUGUUGAAAAACAAUAACAAAAAGAUUAUUAUGAUGGAGAAAUCUAAAGAUUGAUUAAUACCAUUGAAGAUCAAAAGAGAAGAACCAUUUUAUUAGAAAAUGAAAAAAAUAGAGAGAUUGCUGACCAACAUGCUAGAAUUGAAAGAUUAACCAUUUAAUAUGAGAACAUGCAAAUUGAUCUCUAAAAAUAGAUUUAAUUAUUGAAUCAAGAAAUCAUUAAUUUGAAGAAUCUGUUAGAUCACAAAAACCUAGAAAUAUAAUAAAAUCUUAAGAAUUAUUCUUAAAUCAAAUUAGAAUUUGAGGAUAAAUUAAGAAAUUUAUAAAAUGAUUUAGAACUCGUCAAACUCAAAGCUUUCGAAACCGAAAAAUCAAAACUUCAAGAAAUCCAAGACUUAAAAUCCUUUAUUAAAGAAAUAGAUACAUAAAACAGAGAGAAAUAGAAGUAAUUGGAAUAAUAGAUUGAUCAUUAAAAAUAUGAAAUCCAAAAGACUUUCGAUAUGUAUAACAAUAAAAUAAAGGAAUGUGAGAAUCUAACAAUUCAAAGGAACAAUGCUGAAAUCAUUCAAAAACGAAUUCAAGAUGAAAAUGAUAAAUUGAUUGAAAAAUUACAUCUUUUUGAAUAAGAAAAGAAUCUAGAAAUCGAUGAAUUAAGACAUAAAAUGGAUUCAGGUGCUGCUUACUAAUUUGAGAACUUAAAGAGUGCCUACAAUACAUAAGUAGGUUUACUCUCAGAUCAGAUCGCCGACCUUCAAAAUCAAUUGGCAAUUAAGAACAGAGAAUUAACUGAAAUGAUAGAAAAAUACACAAUAUUAGAUAGGAGUCUCUUGCCAGAAACCCUAGUGUCCAGAGCUGCCUACAAUAGUAGAAUUGGAAUCCCUGCUGAAUUAUUAGCCAACAAGUCUAUCCAUGAUGCUACCCUUAAGUCCUAACUUCGAAAUAGUCCCAUCUAAAGAUAUUGAUAUAUUAUAA